CCAACCUCAAGGAUGCUUCUCCUCCACCCCACCUUCUCUCAAAUAAAAACAUCCACGAUGUCUGCCCUCGAUCACCAAACACAAUGGCGCCGUCAGCAACAAUCACAGCCACAAACGGCACCACCGGAGUCGCAGCUCCAGGCCGACAAUCGUACAACAUCGCCUUGAUCCCCGGUGACGGCAUUGGCAUCGAAGUCAUCCACGCCGGCCAAGUCGUUCUCCAACACCUAGCCAGAUGUCUAGAUACCUUCGACUUAAAGUUCGAGGAGUUUGAAUGGAGCAGUGCAUACUACAAAAAACAUGGCCGCUACCUCCCAGACGACGCUUUAGAUCAAGUCCGCAAAUUCAACGCCAUUCUCUUCGGCGCCGUAGGAGCUCCCGAUGUACCAGACCACAUAUCCCUCUGGGGCCUCCGCCUCGCCCUCUGCCAGCCCCUCCAACAAUACGCCAACGUGCGCCCAACGCGAAUCCUCCGCGGUACCACCUCCCCUCUCUCCAACUGCGCGCGCGGGGACCUCGACUGGGUGAUCGUGCGCGAGAACAGCGAGGGGGAAUACGCUGGCCACGGGGGCACCUCUCACAUCAACCAAGAAUGGUCCGUUGCGACCGAAGUAUCAAUCUUCACCCAACACGGCUGUGAGCGCAUCAUGCGAUUCGCCUUCUCUACAGCGCAAUCCCGGCCCCGGAAGAAGUUAACCGUGGUAACGAAGUCCAACGCGCAGAGGAACGGGAUGGUGUUCUGGGAUCACGUAGCUGCCAAGGUAGCAAAGGAGUUUCCGGACGUGGAGUGGGAUAAGAUGUUAGUGGACGCGAUGACGACGCGGAUGGUGUUGAAGCCGAGCAGUAUCGAUACGAUUGUAGCGACGAAUCUGCAUGCGGAUAUCUUGAGUGAUUUGGCGGCUGCGUUGGCGGGGAGUAUUGGGAUUGCGCCGACGAGUAAUUUGGAUCCUACGAGGAAGAAUCCGAGUAUGUUUGAGCCGAUUCAUGGGUCUGCGUUUGAUAUCACGGGGUUGGGGGUUGCUAAUCCUGUGGCGACGUUUUGGACGAGUGCGGAGAUGUUGAGGUGGUUGGGACAGGCUGAGGCUGCUGAGCUUCUUAUGCUCGCGGUUGAGAAUGUUACGGAGGGUGGGAUUAAGACGCAAGAUCUGGGUGGAAAGUCCAAGACUGUGGAGGUCACUGAAGCAGUGUGCAAAGAGAUCGAGAAGCUUGCAUCGUCGCCAAGCAAAAAGAUGUACUAAUGAUCAUCAAGCAGAAUAUAUGCAUUGAAAGAUUGUGCCGUUGCACCCAGAGUCUACAGAUUUCACGAUCGGUAUAUCAUACAAAACAGCCUUCUAGUACAGUUCAACCCAGUCCCAAACUCCCAUGAUCGAGUCGUUUCGAAAGUCCGCUCAUCAAACUGCCCUAAAUGCCACGCUCAAAAGCAGUAUCAACUAGAAAUGAAACUUCCAGUCA